ACCUCCAUGGCCACACGCGCGGUGUCAGAUUGAAGGGAAACUCCCCUUUCAGCUGUCAACUUGCCAACGAAUUUCGUUCAAGAAAUUACAGCUUGCUACCAGGGUUUGGAAGCAAAACAGACGAGUGUGUGUAAAGAAGAAGACUAAAAGACAAUUGACAAGUAUGCUGGAAAUGCCAACGCACCCGUAUCACACACUUCCCUUCCUUCCCUUGGAGCCGCCGAGCAACACGGAUGCCUUGGUCGACGAAUAUACCCACCAUUACAGUGACUCCAUGUUCACUGCGAUAGUGAUACCCGCGGGCCCUUUAAAGUCAUCCAGCUUGCCGAAUCCGUGCCUUUUUCCGCCCAACGCCACAGCAGCGGUGGUCGAAGAGGCUGCAGAGGAUAUUGACAUCGAUCCUUCAGACGUGAUUGAUAGGAGCGAUUCCUUUGAGCUGAAUCCUCUGCAGGAGGCGCUGCAGGCUGGACUUGGUGAAAACUUGCUCAGUGGAUUGGCGGCAGAUGCGGAAGCUAAUCUGACCGCUGAAAACAACGGCGUUGAUGACACGAUCACAUCCGGGCGAAUUUUUGGCGACUUGUCAGAUCCGGUGUUGUUUUCGCCAAGUCCCGAACCCCCAGAGAGUGUUCCAUGUAAAAGUGAACAUCUGGAGAUUCUUGAUUGUGACUCGGAUCUGGAUGAUCUUACGGAUGGGAGUGCAGUAAUCGCGGGUAGGGAGGAUGAUGAUAUCGAAAGCAUAUCAGACGGAGUACUGGAGGUGGACGUAGAAGACGAAAUGAUUGAUAUUGAUGGAGAUGAUGAACCUGUCAAGGAUUGUGUCGUACGCCAAUCGCAUAGACCAACUAUAUAUGAGGAGUUUACUCAAAAGGGUAUUGACUGGUGUCGGUAUUGUGGAGUGACCAAAGCUGGACAGACUGCAGCGUUCAGGCCUGGUCCCUGGGGACGGAGGACCUUGUGCAAUAAACAUGGAUGUGACUACAAAGGCUAUGGAUAUGCUGAUAAGCAAAGCAGGCUCGAUCUGACUCAGUUCCGAGGAGAAUCGUUAGGUGAACGAUGUCGUCCUGUCCUGCAAGACUUUUGCAUUGUGUGCUUCCAGAGAACUUCCCCGAACGGCACAGUUCUUGUUCAAUGUGAUGGCUGUCCUCGAGCGUAUCACAUCGAAUGUCAUGGAAAGAUUCCGGAUUCAGUGUGGGCAGAUUCUAACGAAAUAACAUGGUACUGCGGGGAAACCUGUGCGACGAACCGGAAGACUACGAGAAUUGGCUUGGAUCUCCCGAAAAAGAACCUUCCCUAUAUGAACUGCUCAGGGCCUCUUGGCCGCCGCCAAUGUUCCUCUCCGUCGCCAAUUUCAGAAAGUGAAUCCUGUUCAUCUCCGAUUUCGUCAACCAUCGAUUGCUCCGCCACAAAAUUUGAACGUAGAGAUAGUGGUUUAGAGCUGUCAUGGCCUGUGAGACGGAACUCGAGGGACGAUGUGCCUCUAAAGUCCCAAUCUCGCAGGUUUCAUCCAUAUGAAUCAAGAGCACGGCGUUAGUAGCACAGCAUACAGUCUUUGCAACAUAGUGGGGGAAUGAGUGUAUGUGUUUGUAGAAUAGCAUAGCCUUUGAAAUGUAAAAUAUUGUUCUUAGAUGAGGUAAUGAGGGUAGGAUAACGUGCAUUCUUUAUGCGUUUCUUGUCGGUGCCAAGAUUCUUGCGGUGCUUGAAAUCUUUGUGAAGUUUUUAGCUCCGCCCUCUUAAAUUGUUAAAUGCAAUCGUUCAAAUGCAAUUAAUCCAAUAUAGG